AUGACUUCGAGCCAGAAAGCCAUCACGAAAGUCGUACUCGGCGCGAUGUCGUUCGGCCGGAAGAAUGUGGCACCGCAUUGCCGGGUCACUGAUCUCGACUCUGGGAACUCAAUCUUGGACGUCUUCCAGAAGCAUGGGCACACCGAGAUCGAUACCGCACGCCGUUACGGGAACGGCACACCGGAGACCAUGCUCGGCGAUUUGAAACGUCAGGAGCGAAGUCUAGUUAUAAGCACAAAGGAUCUUCCAGCGUUCCAUUCGAACCCCGAGACUGCCAUACCUGAGGGCUGGGACUUCGACCAACACUACCAUCCCGAUAUGCUCCGCCUAACUCUCCAGAAGUCACUCGCAGAGCUCAGAAUGAACCUGUUGCACGUCUAUUGUUUUGGCCUUGACGGCUCUGUCCCUCAAAGCAACAUUUUUUGCGGCAUCAACGAGGUCCACCAAGAAGGCCUCUCUGCCAAGCUCGGCCUCACCUGUCUUCCCACAUGGGAAGUCGCGCAGAUCUGCGAGCUGUGCGAUCGCGAGGGAUGGGUCAAGCCGUCAGUCUAUCAAGGCAAAUACAACGUCCUCCAUCGCACCGUAGAGCCUGAGCUCUUCCCCUGUUUGAGGCACUACGGCAUCAAGUUCUACGCGUUCAACCCAAUUGCGGGGGGCUUCCUGGCCGGCGGUGAGUCACAUGAGAGAAACAAGAAUGGGAGCUAUGGGAACGAGAAAUAUUUUGCUGCGAUGGAGCUGCCGGAUCCCGUCGUUGAGAAGCAUGGGUCGACGCUCAGGGAGUGUGCGCUGAGGUGGUUGGCGCAUCAUAGCCUGCUUGGCGUGGGGAAAGGCGACGCAGUCUGGAUGGAUGCGAGCAGUGCGGCGCAUUUGGAGAGCAAUCUUGAGAAGGGCCCGUUGCCGGACGUGGUUGUUGGGGCGUUGGAUAGGGGAUGGGAGAGGGUUAGGGGGGUGCGCUGGAAAUACUGGGGUUGA